UCAGCGUAAACUUCCCGUAUGAAUCUCCUGCUCCACCUCCUCAUCCAACAUCUAAUUGUGAAACCUUACUUCUGCCUUGUGGUGGGCUGCAUCCUACCUCUUACCGUUACAUGCUAAAGUACACAACAGCAAAAGAAAAUUCUAGGAAGUGGUCAAGAAGUGAAUUUUGAAACUGCAGCGAGACAUCGAGGUGAAAGGAGAAGAGACACAUUGGAUGCCAUUUCUGUCACUCAGUAAAUCACUUAUUUUGCAUGUACAAAUGUAUUGCCCCUCCUUCCUUCCUCCUGCCUGUACCACUUGGUCGUUGUGGUAAGCAUGUGAUGUAUAGAAUGCAACAAAGUGAUAUCGGAAGUUGGGUGUGUCCACAUGUAACUAUAUUUUGUAGAAGGUCUUCUACACAUUUUCCUCCUUGUCUUCAUCUAUACCCUGUCCCCCCACCACCUCCACCACAUUAAGUAUCCAGCCUGGAUCCAGGAGCGUGGAAACGCGGAGCAGCUUGGAUUAUGGGGAAUGCAGCCGGGUCCCUGGACAUGUUCCAGGCCCGGGAUUCAAAGACCCAGCCAACAAAUGGAACCCCACCACAACGACAAAGCGAGGGAUCAUCUACCAAACUUCCAAGACCAAAUUCGGGGGAACUGGAGGAAAGAUUCAGUGUGGUGCUGAAUGCCAUGAACCUUCCUCCGGAUAAGAUAAAUGUUCUUCGACAGUAUGACCAAGACAAGAAAUGGGAGCUGGUGUGUGAUCAGGAAAGAUUCCGGGUGAAGAACCCACCAGCUGCUUAUAUACAAAAACUGAAGAGCUAUAUGGAUUCAGGAGGAAUCAGCCUUAAGGUAAAGAAAAGGGGUUCAGAAUCCACCCAGGUUCUAAGAGAACUGGAGAUCUCCCUGAGGACCAAUCACAUCGGGUGGGUGGAAGAAUUCCUCAGCAAAAAAGUUGGCGGUCUGGAUACUUUGGUGGAAUACCUGUCCUAUGCUCAGGGUUCUCUUCCAAUUGACGUAGAUGGCUCUGAUAAUGGUACACCUGAGAAACCCAAAGCCUUACAGAGAUCUUUGGAGGAUAUUAACAAAAGCAGCACAUCAUCGUCUCCAUCAACCACUCCUUCAAGAGCUCGACACCUGACGGCCAGAUAUAACUUCUACAACCGCGCCACAAUGAGGAACUCUAGACAUGCUAAUAUGAAGGACGAUGUACAUGUGUGUAUCAUGUGUUUGCGGGCGAUCAUGAAUUACCAGUUAGGAUUCAGCAUGGUAAUGUCUCACCCCUCCUGUGUCAACCAGAUUACCCUCAGCCUCACCAACAAGAAUGCCCGCACUAAGGCCUUGGUUCUGGAGCUGCUGGCCGCAGUGUGUCUAGUCCGUGGGGGACAUGAAUUAAUUCUCUCAGCUUUCAACUACUUCAUGGAGGUUUGUGGAGAAAGUUCCAGGUUUGAAAAACUGAUGGAAUAUUUCCGGAGUGAAGACAGCAACAUCGAUUUCAUGGUGGCGUGCAUGCAGUUCAUUAACAUUGUGGUGCACUCUGUAAAAAACAUGAAUUUUCGUGUGUACCUACAGUAUGAAUUCUCCCUAUUAAGACUGGACGAAUACCUUGAGGUUCUGAAGCAUACAGAGAGUGAGAGGCUCCAGGUCCAAAUCCAGGCUUAUCUUGACAAUAUAUUUGAUGUGAAUAACCUGCUGGAAGAUACAGAGAACAAACAUGAAAUGCUGGAGCAUGUAGAGGACCUACAGAGUCAUGCAGCACAUUUGGCCGAAAAGUUACAGCAAACAGAGAAUGAAUACAUGAGUAGAGUGGCAGAGCUUGAGAAACAACUGGACCAAACGCGAAAAGAGCUGAAUGCCGCAAAGGAGAAUUAUCUAUCACGAUCCACCCCGAUCCAUCAGAAUAUCACAACUUUGAAAUCUAGUGACCAAGACGUGCUCUGGGUAGAACCUGCGGGGGAUACCUGUACAGAGGAACCAUCUUCUGUUUGUGUGAACACAGGGUUCACCGCUGACCGCCCAGCUUCACCAUCAGCCAUCAGUUUGACCAUAAUAUCAGAACCAGAUUCCUCUUCUCACAAGCCAGAAGGAUCAGAUUAUGGAUCUGCACUUCCUCUACUGUCAGACAUACCAGCUGUUUCACCUGCUCCUGUACAUCAAGACCCAGCAGUCAGUGAGAGUUCUCCUUCCCGCUCACACACAGUAUCAUGGUCUACUACAGAACCUGCUGCUCCUCUCCUUGUUCCUGAAACGAAGAAUGAUGAGAGUAUAUGCCAUCAACCAGAGUUAACACAAUCUCAGGUUACAUCUAGUGGUGAACCUGGUGUUCCUUCACCACCACCUCCCCCACCACCACCACCUCCAAGCAAUCUACAGGGACUUUCUUUUGUGCCGCCACCACCACCAUGUGGUCCUCCUGCUCCACCACCCCCUCCUGGUGGCCCUCCUGCUCCCCCACCCCCUCCUGGCGGCCCUCCUGCUCCACCACCGCCUCCUGGCAGCCCUCCUGCUCCACCCCCACCUUCUGGUGGCCCUCCUGCUCCACCCCCACCUCCUGGUGGUCCUUCUGUCCCACCACCACCUGGCACUCUUACUCCAUCAAUGCCCAAUGGAGUAAGCAUAAAGAAAACAAUACAGCCAAAAUACAGAAUGCCUGUCCUCAACUGGGUGGCUUUGAAACCAACACAGAUCAAUGGAACAGUAUUCACACAGAUAAAUGACGACAAGGUGCUUCAGGAACUUGACAUGAGUGACUUUGAGAACCAAUUUAAGACCAAAGCCCAGGGUCCAAGCCAAAGCACAUUUUUUAAGAAAGUGGCUUCUUCUCAGAACCAUCCAAAUAAAGUUUCUCUAAUUGACCCAAAUCGAGCCAAGAACCUUGCAAUUACCCUCAAGAAAGGAGGUCUGACACCUGAGGCCAUCACUGCUGCCAUCCAGGGGUAUGAUAUGGAAGCCCUGAAUGUUGACUUUCUGGAGCUCCUUUCCAGAUUCUUACCAACAGACUGGGAAAGACAGCUGAUUUCACGGUAUCUAAAGGAUGGGAAGCCCCUGGACCAGUUGGGAGCAGAAGACAGAUUUAUGGUCCAUCUUUGCUCCAUACCCAGGCUCACUGAGAGAGUUAAGACCAUAAUCUUUAUCUCCAGCUUUCCUGAAACCACUACUCGCCUUACACCGCAACUUAAUUCCCUGAUCGCUGCAUCAAUUUCCGUCAAGUCUUCAGAAAAGCUAAAAGGCAUCCUGGAGCUGAUUCUGGCAUUUGGCAAUUUCAUGAACAGCAGUAAGAGAGGGGCGGCGUAUGGAUUCCGGCUCCAGUCUCUGGAUGUGCUUCUGGAUACAAAAUCUACUGACCGAAAACAAACCCUGAUGCAUUACCUGGUACGAACAAUCAAUGAGAAAUACCCACACUUGGCUGGUUUUCAGUCAGAAUUGCACUUUUUGGAAAAGGCUGCCACAGUGUCUCUAGAUGCUGUGUUGUCCGAUGUCCGCUCACUCCAGGCUGGGAUGGAACAGGCCCAGAAAGAAUUUACAAAGCAGGAUGACAGUGUCACUCUAAAGGAGUUUAUAAAAUGUAACAUGGACGUCAUGAAAAGGCUUGAAGCAGAUGCCAAGACGGCACAGGAAGCAUACGAGACACUUGUUGGCUAUUUUGGCGAGAACUGCAAGACCACUGCUCCGUCCGCCUUCUUCCCCAUAUUCCUUCGCUUUGAAAGAGCUUAUAAGCAAGCUGAACAGGAUCUGGAGACGUGGAAGAAGCAGGAGGCCGCAGCAGCAGCAGUUGAAGAGAAGACGUCAUCUCCGGAGAAACCAUCAACGUCUCCACCAGCCAUAUCUAAAAAACCACAGAUCAACCUGAUGGCGGAGCUGAACAAGAAGCUGCAGACGAAAGAGCCGCGAGUGUACGAGGAAAACUGGGCCAUAGAAGACAUCAUAACAGAUCUGAGGAACCAGCCGUACAGAAGAACAGACAUUGCGCGGAGAAGUGGGAAGAAGCAGAACAGUGGGACGUCAGUGACCACCACAGACAUACCAGUCUAAGACCCAGUGGAAAUGGGAAAUAUAAACCCUCCACAGCAAGGUUUUCCAGUUCCCACCAGUUGGCGCAAUGGACUUGGUGCUUUAUUUUUUCACAGUUGGACUCCUGGAAUGUUGAAAACAGCCAAAAUCUUUCUUCCGAAACAUCUGGAGAAGGACAUAGGACUUCUUACUAGGGAUAAACCAAACCUAAAGAAAGUGGAGCAAGGAUCGGCUGUCAUACACCUGAGCAGAGGGGUAGAGGAGCGGCCAUCACACUUGUGGAGCAGCAAUAGGAUCACACGCAAAAUACAAUUUAUAUUUCCCCUUCUAGCUCACGCUGAUGUUAAUGGGGCUUCCAACACCUCACUCGGACAAUAAACGUUGUCUUCUUACGUAUCUCAGGCAAUGCUUCCAACCAACAGCAAGAACUGAACAAUGAUCUUCAGUCUCCUAAAAUGCUCGACAUGAGGACAUUAAAAGGCCCCACUAGGUACUGGAUGCUAAGAGUGAUGGUCUAAUUCUAGGGGACAGAUACAUUUUAGUGUCUGA